UUCUGUACCCUCUCUACUGUAUUCAGAUGCGUGCCUUUGUGCACCAUUACAACCCGACCCUAAUGGCCUCCUAGUAUUUCUUGAAUUAACUGCUCGUACUGAACAGGCCAACCCUGUUCACCCAUCCACAGCUCGUCUCCUAAUGCGUCCUGGACUCGCGGGUAUAGCUGUGGAGAUGCUGAGCGGUGCCGCCUGCCGGGCCAGGCCGAGGCUCGGCUGCCUCUUGCUGUCCCCUGUCACCAAAACAGUAACGCCGAUGUCAUGUACGGGCAGCCACAGAUUGCGGUCCACGUCCUCGAUGCAGGGCUUUUCAGAGCUGGCCAGAGAGCGGUCGAAGACUGUGACGUCGUUUUACAACCAGUCGGCGAUUGACGCUUCGGCAGAAAAAGCAUCUGUGCGACUGACCUUAGCCACCCUGCUGUAUUCUGGGAAAUCUCCUGACGGACAUCACAUCUUGAGCAGUGCCAAGUAUCUCCAUAAGGAGCUGCCUGUACGGAUCGCCCAUCGCAUUAAGGGCUUCCGUAGUCUGCCUUUCAUCAUCGGCUGCAACCCGACCAUUCUGCAAGUGCAUGAACUGUACAUCAGAGCCUACCACAUGCUUGUCGACUUCCCCCCGAUUAAGGACCAGGAUGUGGAGGCUCGUUUCUGUAAACUGGUGCAGCAGCUGUUGGAUGACCACAAAGAUGUGGUGACGAUGCUGGCCCAGGGCUUCAGGGAGUGUCGUAAACAUGUCCAGGAUGAAACCAUCCUCCGUAACUUCCUGGACACAACACUCUGCUCUCGUCUGGGAAUCCGAAUGCUGGCCACGCACCAUCUUGCCCUCCAUGAAGACAAUCCUGACUUCGUAGGGAUCAUAUGCAGACGUCUCUCACCCAAAAAAAUCAUAGAGAAGUGGGUGGACUUCGCCAGGCGUCUGUGUGAGCACCAGUACGGUAACGCCCCGAGAGUGAGGAUCAACGGACACGUAGCAGCUCGCUUCCCCUUCAUCCCACUGCCUCUAGAUUACGUCCUACCUGAGCUCCUCAAGAAUGCCAUGAGGGCCACCAUGGAGAGCCAUCUGGACACUCCAUACAAUGUCCCAGAUGUGGUUGUGACCAUUGCCAAUAACGACAUAGACUUUGUGAUCAGGAUUUCAGACCGUGGGGGGGGCAUCCCUCACAACAUAGUAGACAAAGUGAUGGACUACCACUUCAGCACGGCUGAGGAGAGUGCACAGGACCCCCGCAUGAGCAACCUGUUCAACAACAUUACCAACAGUGGCAACCAGUCCAGCCCCAUGCAUGGGUUCGGUUUUGGUCUGCCCACGUCCCGGGCCUACGCUGAGUACCUGGGUGGUUCUCUGUCCAUCCAGUCCAUGCAAGGCAUCGGCACUGACGUGUACCUGCGACUGCGUCACAUCGACGGCAAAGGAGAGAGUUUUAGAGUGUGAAGGAGCCACCGACUGGUCAUAAGCUACGUUAGCUGUUCUUCUGAUGACUCUCCUCUGUGUUUCAUACCCUGUGGCAUGUUAUCUUUACGUUUCUAGGGGUCGUAUGAACUCUUUGAAUCUUUAGGUUAUCGGGACAAACUGUGCAUGAUAGUGAUGAUGAUAUUGAAGAGGAAGAAGAGCUUCGGUUUUAAAGAAGCUUAGCGUCAUGAAGCCUCAGAGUAGGAUAUUUUACACUCCAGCGUUGAACCACUUACACGUUCCACAACGAUCAACACAAGCGCAGUUUAACGUAGGACGUUCUCCAGCUGUUUGAGGCAUGUCCUCCCAAAACCUCGUCGGUUCAGCUGAUGGAACUGCCAAAACACCAAAUGCUCAUUAAAUGUGUGUGUUUCUGUUUGUGUUCAGCAGUAUUUAGUGGAGCUUUCAGACAGGAAUGCCAAACAGGAAGUUGCCUUACUGUGUGAUGAGUCAAAAUCUUAUGUUCAUUUUCUUCUUUUUCUUCUGUUGCCUUUACUGGAUCACACACCUCAUCAGUAGAUUUCCUGUUGAAACGCUUAGCUCUCACACCAAUCACAGCCGUUUUUCACUAUAUUGUUACAGAGGCAUAUUAUACCAGAGAAGUAUUGUCCGCUGUUGUUUGCUUCUUUUUAUGUGUUUUAUCCAAUUGUAGAGUUUUUGUGUUUUUUGUAGAAAGUGUCAGUUCGUACAUAAUAACAUUUUCGCUCUGCUGUAGCCAAGUUGGUUUAGAUUAUUAAUCACUUUUUAGUUCCAUUCUGAAGAGAUGACAGAGGUCACAAUUGUACUAUCUGUUAAGAAACAGUUGUUUUUGUUCCAUCAGAGCCAGGAGAGGUCAGCAGUACAGUGUUUAUCAUCCUGCUUCCUUCCUAAAGCAGCCCAUCAGUCUUUGGAACCUCAGCCAUGUGGGUUUAGUCUCAAAAUUCCAGUCAGAGCAGUGUCCAGACAUAAGGAAGGUUUUCUCUGGUUGUCUCCCUUUAAAAGUCUGAUAAUCAUGUUCCAGAUACAGUGUCUGCAUACAACUCCUGUGAGCAUGAGCAGACAAGGCCUUUUAUACUCAAACUCAGUUGUAUUAAAAACAAGUGGUGCCAAGCACAACAAACCCCACCCUUUGCACGUUUUUCACCCAUUAUAAGUAUAAAUGGGAAGAUUU